UAGAUGAAUGAUUUGUGAUAACUAUUUGAAGAUAAUGAACUGUUAUAAAAUUGAAAAAUGGAUUUAAAAUGGUGUUUAAAAAUUCACACACACAUAUAUAUAAAGGUUUUGCAAAAAUUGCACCUUUUAUGGUUAAAUUAAUUUUUUUUAUCUUUCAAUAACGAAAGAAAGACAAAGCACAAUAAGAGCAAUUAUGCUGGACCGAGUCAUCCGCCGUUUCUUUUCCCUUCCAGGUCCCCUGCCCCCAUCACUCCAUGGCCAUGGUCGCUGCCACCCACUGCCUGCUCCGCCCCACCUGCUCUGCUUCCAGAUUAAGCAUGAGACGCCUCCUCUCCUCCAAAUCUUCACCACCUCCCCACCACAGUUCCAACACCAACUCUCCUGUUGCCUUCGACUGGUCCGAUGAUGAUGACAACCCCUCCCCACCAACAACGGAAACCAAGUGCCCUAAUCUCCCGCCGCCUUAUGACCCUUUCAGCAAGAAGCCUGUGGUGGCGGAGCCAUCUGACCCCACGAAUCUCCAGGAGAUCUUCCAUCGGAUGCGGACUGUGGGCCUCACUGACUACGCCAUCAAGAUGUUCGACGGAUUGUCCACGGAUGGGCUCACCCAUGAGGCACUGGAGCUCUUCACAGUCAUCAAGGACAAGGGUGUCAUGCCUGACGUAGUCGCGCACACCGCCGUCCUUGAGGCCUAUGCCAAUGCUGGUCCUGCCCAUUGGCGCGACGCCAUGCGCACCUAUGAUCGUAUGCUUGCGUCUGGGGUUGCACCGAACGCAUAUACGCUCACUGUUCUGGUUAAGGGGCUCGCAGCAAGCAAUCAGUUCAUGGAGGCUGGCAAGUACAUAGUCGAAAUGCUUGAUCGCAGAAUGCGGCCAAAUGCAGCAACAUACCUUGCUGUGUUUGAGGCGUACGUUAGGAUGGAGAAGGUGGAAGAAGGCAGAGUUCUUCUGGAAACAAUGAAGAGUAAGGGGUUCACCCCAAGUGAGGAGGCUGUGCGAAGUGGCACAGUAAAACGAGGGCAUGUGUUCAAGGCCAUCAUGAACAUGCUCUUUGACAAGUGAUGUGGUAUAGGAAAUUAUGGGGCUGUGGCUCUAAAUUGCUCUACUUGAAAGCAUGUACUGUUUUUGAGAACAAGGUUUUGUUUAUAUUUCGCCUUCAAAUCGUAAAGUGCCACAUGUGAUGUGUCGUGAAGUUGACAUUGAUUUUUAUGAUGUUUUGAAGUAGCAGUUGUGGUUCACGAAUAGCAAAGGUUACUCUCAUUUUUUAGCUACCUUGUUGUAUGCAUAUGCUGCUGCCUGAUUCACAUUUGAGUAUUUUCGCCCUGCAAUCUAAAUAUAGUGCUUAACUACUUUAAC